GAGAAACUGACCGUCUGGUUAAAGAGAGAGAAACUGACCAUCUGGUUAAAGAAAGUGAUAAAGACCAUAAUAAAAGAUGAGAGCAGAACUGAACUGACCGGUCUGUUUCCCGCAGCUCCAACAUGAACUCUUCCUCCUCUGAUGUGAACCAAAGCAGCUCUCCUUUCUGCCUGCUGGGCCUGGGAUACUCCUACAACCUCAACACCUGCGUGCUGGAGGUGUCCGUCAUUCUCUUCCUCACCAUCCUCAUCAUCAGCGGCAACCUGGUGGUGAUCUUUGUGUUCCACUGUGCUCCACUGCUUCACCACCACACCACCAGCCACUUCAUCCAGACCAUGGCCUACGCAGACCUCCUGGUGGGGGUGAGUUGCCUGGUGCCCUCCCUGUCCCUGCUCCACUACCUCAAGGGGCUGGAUGAGGAGCUCACCUGUAAGGUGUUUGUCUACCUGGUGUCUGUGCUGAAGAGUGUGUCCAUGGCGUCUCUGGCAUGUAUUAGUGUUGACCGCUACAUCGCUAUCACACGGCCGUUCUCCUAUGCUACGCUGGUCACACCGUGUCGCCUGCGCGUCUGUAUCGGCCUCAUCUGGCUCUACUCCGCCCUCAUCUUCCUGCCCUCCCUCUUCGGGUGGGGGAAGCCUGGCUACCACGGAGAUAUAUUUAGCUGGUGUGCAACCUCGUGGCAGACCGAUCCGGGCUUCAGCUCAUUCAUCGUGGCUCUGCUGUAUGCUCCAGCCACCCUCACUGUGUGUUUCACCUAUGGGAGUAUCUUCCGCAUCUGCCGUCAGCACACCCGCAAGAUCACCCAACGCCUCACACGCUUCGGCCCCCAGGGAAACGAGAGGGGCGAGCGUGGUGAAGGGUGCCUGGAUAAGCGCUACGCCAUGGUGCUGUUCCGAAUUACCAGCGUGUUCUACGUGCUCUGGAUGCCCUACAUCGUCUACUUCCUGCUGGAGAGCGCCGGCCUCUAUUGCCACCUGGUGGCCUCCUUCCUCACCACAUGGCUAGCCAUCAGCAACAGCUUCUGCAACUGCCUCAUCUAUAGUCUCUCCAACAGCAUGUUCCGGAAGGUCCUGGGCCGCCUGUUCACGUCACUUUUCUCCCCCUGUCUGGAACUGGACUGCUGCACCGAGGGGAAGAAGGGUCCUGCUCCACCCAGCCAGCGCCCAGCCCAGGCCUGCUAG